AUGGCCGACCCUCCUUCGCCUUACAAUGGGUUCAUGACAAUGUCCCUCGAGGACCGUUUCGCCCUCCUCUUUAGGGCGCAGCAAGUCAGGUUCGAUGCCGAUAAAAAGGUUGAUGACCAACUGUCUGCCAUCGAGUCUAAACUUGAACGCCUCACGGCCUCCCUGCCCAAACCGCCUGCCGCUCCCACUCCCUCUGCUCGCGCACCUCGCGCUCGACACACCUCUAGGAAGGAACGCCCGGCCGCACCUACCUCUACUCCUACUACAGGGCCCCCGCACUCCCAAUCCAUCCGCUCUACUACUACCAAAGCCGCCCUUGAGAAGAUUGUCUCUACCCUGUCUAUUGCGGACGAACAGGCUGGCCACGUCAUAGGGCGCUAUCAUACCCCAAUCCUGAUUGGAGAUGAGAUGUUCAUUUUGGAUCUACACACGACGCCCUCAACCCAAGCAGUCAUUCUUUCCAUAAGUCAUCCACACAUCUUAUCUUAUCAACACUUGUCACAUAGGAGCCACGUUAUUCCGGAUCAUGUCACUUUGUCGGAUCAUCAAGACUAUGCGACGGAUCAGUCAACCAUCAAACUGCACAGCUUUCUAUACUGCCUUGCACAGCCGGACUGUCAACUCUAUUUUUAUCAAUUCAAUGGUCUUACUCAGCGUCAGGCUGCGGAUUACUCAUUCCAACUUAUUUUUGUAGCUCAGAUUGGUAUUUCGUUCACGUAG